GUCUACUGUCAUCUGCAAAAGAGCAAUCUUACUAUUCUUGGUUUUAACUAGAGUUCAAAUCGUAGUUUAAUCUCCAGCUUUACCCUAGGCAGUGAAAUUGGGCCCAAGUUAAAAAUAUUUUAUUAAUUAAAAAUUUUCCUUAUCUUUUAUUAUUUUUUUUUGUUAGUCUUAAUCUAUAUUUUCUUACGUUCAUUUAAUUCCAUAUAUAAAAUUGAAAAGAUUAAAUAGUUUUGUACUCGAGGCUUUAUAUGCUCAUGCAUUAGCUAGCGUUAAAGUAAUUUUAAGUCUCAUUUCAAGGAAGGUCGUCAAAAAUUUCUGGCAACGCUGUAUUACUAAAUAUGUACAAAUUAACGUAGAAAUACAUAAUUGUAUUUGAUUGUAAAGUAGGGGGAGUCAUUUGUUUAUAGAUUUAUAAUUAAGAAUUAUUUUUAUAUUAUCAUAAUGCUUGUGUUAGUAUUGGGUGAUCUACAUAUACCUCAUCGAUGCAGUAGUUUACCUGCAAAAUUUAAAAAAUUAUUGGUCCCAGGGCGGAUACAACACAUUUUAUGUACUGGUAAUUUAUGUACGAAAGAAUCCUAUGAUUAUUUAAAAACAUUAGCUAGCGAUGUGCAUGUUGUACGAGGCGAUUUUGAUGAUAAUUUAAAUUAUCCUGAGCAAAAAGUAGUAACAGUUGGCCAAUUUAGAAUAGGAUUAUCUCAUGGUCAUCAAGUAGUACCAUGGGGAGAUCCAGAAUCCAUAGCAUUGAUUCAAAGACAAUUAGAUGUAGAUAUUUUAAUAUCGGGCCAUACUCAUAAGUUUGAAGCAUAUGAACAUGAGAAUAAAUUUUAUAUUAAUCCUGGCUCAGCAACAGGAGCAUAUAAUGCAUUAGAAACUUCAAUAACACCAUCCUUUGUAUUAAUGGAUAUACAAAACACAACGGUUGUAACCUAUGUGUACCAAUUAGUUGGAGAAGAUGUUAAAGUUGAGAGGAUCGAAUAUAAGAAAAACUAAUAUUUUAUAUAUUUUUGUAUUAUUUUAUUUAUAUAUUUUUAUGUAAACUGAUUGGUUUUCCCUGUUAAGCAUGCUGUUAUUCCAAAUUAACAGAUCAAUUUAUAAGCUCAAUAUAUUGUAAUUACUUUUUCUUUAUUGCAUAACUUGUUACGAUUCUUUAUAUAUUUUUAAGGCAUGUUCACAAUGUGGGAAGUAAUACCAUGGUUGCAGUUGUAACUUUAAUUAUUUUCAAAUCAUUUACUUUCCCUGAAAAUGAUUUUACUGAUCCAUGAUUAUUAUUUAGUGCUUAUUUAACUGUGGUUUGUAAAUAUUGUCAAAACAUUUUUUGGUUUACUAUAUUUCUCAUUCAGAAUUUAAAACACAACACAGAUUUAAAAUGUUUUGAACAAAUGUGUUAUAUAGGUGUAAUUUUUCAACAACUAUAUAAUUUACAUUCCAUGUGUAUUCAAUAAAACAUCAAAAUUAA